GCUGAGCCCUGUAUUUCAAACAAAAGGCAGCCAGUUACUAACUUCUGGUUGCUAGGUGUGGUCUCCUUCCAAACUCUAUAAAAUGAGAAGCCCAAGGCUCCACUUCUAGUGUGAAACAUUCAGAGGAGACUCUUUAGUUCUUUGGAAGAAGGCAGGGGAAAAAGAAAAUAUCCUUCAAAAAUGGCAAUGGUAUCUGAAUUCCUUAAACAGGCCUGGUUUAUUGACAAUGAAGAGCAAGAAUACAUUAAAACUGUGAAAGGAUCCAAAGGUGGUCCUGGGUCAGCAGUGAGCCCCUAUCCUACCUUCAAUCCAUCCUCAGAUGUUGAAGCCUUGCAUAAAGCGAUAACAGUGAAAGGUGUGGAUGAAGCAACCAUCAUUGAAAUUCUAACUAAGAGAACCAAUGCACAGCGUCAGCAGAUCAAGGCAGCAUAUCUCCAGGAGAAAGGAAAGCCCCUGGAUGAAGCUCUGAAGAAAGCCCUCACAGGUCACCUUGAGGAAGUUGCUUUGGCUUUGCUGAAAACUCCAGCUCAGUUUGAUGCUGACGAACUCCGUGCUGCCAUGAAGGGCCUUGGAACUGAUGAAGACACUCUGAAUGAAAUUUUGGCAUCAAGAACUAACAGAGAAAUCAGAGAAAUUAACAGAGUGUAUAAAGAAGAACUGAAGAGAGAUCUGGCUAAAGACAUUACCUCAGACACAUCUGGAGAUUAUCAGAAGGCUUUGCUUUCUCUUGCUAAGGGUGACCGAUCUGAGGACCUUGCUAUAAAUGAUGACUUGGCUGAUACAGAUGCAAGGGCUUUAUAUGAAGCAGGAGAACGAAGAAAAGGGACAGAUUUGAAUGUGUUCAUUACCAUUCUUACUACCAGAAGCUAUCCUCAUCUUCGCAGAGUGUUUCAGAAGUAUUCCAAGUACAGCAAGCAUGACAUGAACAAAGUUCUGGACCUGGAGUUGAAAGGUGACAUCGAGAAUUGCCUUACAGUUGUUGUGAAGUGUGCUACAAGCAAACCAAUGUUCUUUGCUGAGAAGCUUCAUCAGGCCAUGAAGGGUAUUGGAACUCGUCAUAAGACACUGAUCAGGAUUAUGGUUUCCCGUUCUGAAAUUGACAUGAAUGACAUCAAAGCAUGCUAUCAGAAGUUGUAUGGUAUCUCCCUCUGCCAAGCCAUCCUGGAUGAAACCAAGGGAGAUUAUGAAAAAAUUCUGGUUGCUCUAUGUGGAGGAGACUAAACGUUCCUUUGAUGAUCUCAAGCUUUUUGAUCAGCAGUCUUUUUAAUCAUAUCUUUUCAUUCCGUAUCAUAGACUUAAAUAAGAAAAUUUCUUCAGCAGGAUUAUAGUCUAGCUAACUCCUUUCUGAAAAAUAUAGCCUAUAAAUCAUUUUUUGUAUUACAACUUUAUAUAAUAGAGAUAAGUUUUUUAAAAAAUAUAUUUACCCCAAACUAUAGAACCCCAUGAAGAGGUUGUUCUAGUAACAUUGUCUGAGGAAUAUGUUUAUGUCACAGAAAAUAAAAUGAUUUUACAGGCC